CUUAAUUGGUUCUUAGGGUAUAAUCCCAGCAGUGGAAUUGCUGGGUCAAAAGGCAGUUCCAUUUUUAGUUUUCUGAGGAAAUUCCAUACUGUUUUCCACCACUAAUUCAAAAGAACCUGUGCACCCCAAUGUUUAUAGCAGCACAAUUUACAAUAGCCAAGUGCUGCAAGCAACCUAGGUGCCCAUCAGUAAAUGAGUGGAUCAAAAAACUAUGGUACAUCUACAUAAUGGAAUUCUAUGCAGCAGAAAGAAGGAGCUCCUACCCUUCGGGACAACAUGGAUGGAACUGAAGAGCAUUAUGCUAAGUGAGCUAUUAAUAUUACUCAGCCCAGGUUCAGUGGUAUGGAUGCUUUUGGACACACUUCAUUCCUGGCUUAUUCACGGAUCCCAGACAUCAGCUUCGAUUAUGAAUUCCACUUGAAUUUUCAGCUAGCAAACAAUCACUCGGCGCUGCAAAAUAACUUAAUACUUUUCACUGGACAGAAGGGCCACGGGCUGGAUGGCGAUGACUUCCUGGCUGUAGGCCUGCGCGAUGGCAGCGUGGUGUACAGUUACAACCUGGGAUCCGGCGCAGCGAGCAUCAGCAGCGACCCUCUUGACCUGAGCCUCGGGAUUCACACGGUCCGUCUGGGGAGGCUCUUCCAAAGGGGCUGGCUGAAGGUAGAUGAUCAUAAAAAUAAAUCCAUCAUCUCCCCAGGAAAACUGGUUGGUCUCAAUGUCUUCAGCCAGUUUUACGUAGGUGGCUACAGUGAGUACAUUCCACAUCUCUUGCCACAUGGAGCAGAUUUUAAAAAUGGCUUUCAAGGCUGUAUUUUCUCCAUUCAAGUUCGCACUAGGAAGGAUGGCUAUUUCAGAAGGCUGGGAAACCCUGAGGGCCACCCAAAUGCUGGCCGCAGCGUUGGCCAGUGUGAUGCUUCUCCUUGCACUUUAAUGAACUGUGGCAAUGGUGGGACAUGCAGAGACCGUGGAUCUACUGUCUACUGUGACUGCCCCACUGGGUGGAAAGGAGCCUUCUGCACAGAGACAAUUUCCACCUGCGACCCUGAACAUGACCCUCCACACCAGUGCAGCAAAGGAGCAACUUGUGUCUCACUGCCUCAUGGAUACACCUGCUUCUGUCCUCUGGGAGCCACUGGAGUCUACUGUGAACAAGCUCUAUCUAUAAGUGAUCCAUCUUUCAGAAGCCAUGAAUUAUCCUGGAUGUCUUUUGCUUCCUUUCAUAUUCGAAAGAAGACACAUAUUCAAAUGCAGUUCCAGCCUUUUUCUACAGAUGGAAUUCUAUUUUAUGUUGCACAACAAUUACAAGCACAAUCAGGUGAUUUUUUAUGUAUCUCUUUAGUAAAUGGUUCUGUUCAACUUCGCUACAACCUUGGUGACAGAACUAUCAUUCUAGAAACUCUCCAAAAAGUAAAUAUUAAUGGAAGCACUUGGCAUGUGAUUAAAGCAGGAAGAGUUGGUGCAGAAGGCUACCUGGAUCUGGAUGGGAUAAAUGUAACAGAAAAAGCCAACGUUAAAAUGAGCUACCUGGACACCAACACUGACUUCUAUAUUGGAGGCGUGUCAUCCUUAAGUCUUGUAAACCCCAUGGCAACAGCAAACGAAGCUGUAGGUUUUCAAGGUUGUGUCCGAGAAGUCAUUAUAAAUAACCAAGAAUUACCAUUAACUGAAUUAGGAGCGAAAGGUGGCUCAAAUGUAGGCGACUGUGACGGGACAGCCUGUGGGUACCAUGCUUGCCAGAAUGAGGGCGAAUGUAUAGUUAAUGGCACCACUUUCUUCUGCAGAUGUUUGCCACGUUGGACUGGACGUACAUGUGACCUGCCUGUACACUGUGUGAAUCAUCUUUGUCUCCACCAGUCCCUAUGUACACCUGACCAGUCAUUCUCUUAUGGCUGUUUGUGUGCCUUGGGGUGGGCAGGAAGGUAUUGUGAAAACAAAACUUCAUUUUCAACUGCAAAAUUUAUGGGUAAUUCUUACAUUAAAUACAUUGACCCACACUAUAGAAUAAGAAGCCUUCAGUUCACUAUUGUAUCUUUAAAUUUCAGUACUACUGAAAGAGAAGGCUUAAUCAUAUGGAUAGGAAAGGCUCAAAAUGAAGAAAAUGAUUUUCUUGCAAUUGGUCUCCACAAUCAGAGCUUGAAAAUAGCAGUUAACUUAGGAGAAAAUAUUUCUGUACCUAUGAUUUAUAGCCAUGGUACAUUCUGUUCUAAUUCAUGGCACCAUAUCACUAUAAUUCAAAAUCAGACUCUUAUUAAGGCCUACCUAGAUGGCAAUCUAAUCCUCUCUGAGGAUAUUGAUCCACAAAAAAAAUUUGUUGCUCUAAACUAUGAUGGUAUUAUUUAUCUAGGGGGCUUUGAAUAUGGUCGUGAGGUAAACACUGUUACUCAAGAAAUUUUUAAAAGAAAUUUUGUUGGUAAAAUUAAAGAUGUGUUUUUUCAGGAUUCAAAAAAAAUUGAGUUAAUUGAAUCAGAAGGGUACAAUGUUUACACUGGAGAUGGAGAAAAUUAGGUUAUGCAAACUAAU